CCGACGAGGGGAGUGUUUGCUUGAGAGCAGAGAAGAAUGGGAUUGUGAAGUACUAAGUAGUAUGUGAAGUAGGUGUACAAGAGGAUCAAUCAGAUCAGAUCCGAAACGAAAGCGCUUGCAGAGGGUUUUUUUGAAAGGCAAGGCAAGGGAAUGUACAAUGGCCGAUCUCCUCCGCCUAUCUUUGUAGAAGGAAGAAGGCCGUUGCAUAGGGAGGAAACGAAAGGGGAUAAUCAUGACAAUGGCGGACCUACUCCGAUAAUCGUCGUAGAAGGAAGGAGGAAGAACGAUGAUGGAGUAGAUGAGGGAGUAGAUGAGCAGGGUACCGGUCGACGGGCGAUGUUGCCAGCUAUGCAUCUGAUAUUAGGCGUUCGAAUCGUAUCCCUGAAAGAACAGUGGAGGGGCAAGAGGCAAGAGGCAAGAGGCAAGGGACAAGAGGCAAGAGGCAAGAGGCAAGAGCGAGAGAAUGGAGGAGAGGAUGUCUUUCUGAAGUGAUAGUGUGAAAGGGACAAAAGGAGUGACUGGUAUUCUCGACUUUGUCCUUAGCGAGCGUUUGACCCGAUGGAUGCUUUCCACUGCGUCCGAAACGGUUCGUAGAGAACUCGUUCUUUGGAGAAGGACAUAGUAGGUCGGGACGCUGGAUUGGCCGGAAGAAUACCUCGGGCUGAUCUCUUAUCAACGGCGGAUGGGUCGGUACGUUGGAUGGAUCGGGAUGUUCGAUGGGUCGGGACCUGUGAUCCUCCUUUUCACGACGUUCGCUGCGAACAGGAGCACGGACAUCUUUGCGUCGAAAAUCUGCACGGCGCCCCAACGGCUCCAAACGGUAACCGUCGGCGAGAGGCCUCCAUCCGUCCACGCAAAGUGCCGGCUGGCGUCCUGCGGUCUGCUGCGGCGGGCGAUCGUCAACAACGGUCCGAAAUUCGAGUGCUUUUCCCACCUGGCGCCCCUUUCGACGACGACAGUUUCAUUGCAGAAGAUCGUCGUUUUCUUUGUUUGUCGUCACGCCUCGCACGUUGGAGCACAGAUCUUCCACCGAUCUUUCUUGUGUCCACGUGCUUGUUCGUUGGACGGUCGACCGCUGUCGUCGGUUUGUUGCCCUUUGAAUGGCCCUUACAUGGCCGACCUGCUGCUCAGGCUGCCUCUGCUGCUCCUCGUCGUCGUGCUGCUUCUCGUCGUUGUCUUCUUCCACGUGUGUUUCGUCGGCCUCGUCUCGCUCGCAGCUUGCAGAAGGAGAUCUUCCAAGAAAGCCGACAGGAUGGAUCGACGACUGGCCAACGGUAGACCGGCAGGCACAACCUCCGGAGCGAGUAAUCGACAACGCAGUGCGGGGUCUGUAGCGAAGCAGCCGUACGACCCGAGGUUGUAUGCUCACCUGCCUUCUCACGAGAUUCCUCUGCCGCCGUCGGAUGACGAGGGGGAAGACGUCAGGUCGUCGACUUUGUGGUUGGGAAGUGGUUCGACGCAGGAAUGGGCGGCGACACAGUCGUACAGCGGCAGGCGGGUGGAGACCCCGUGGUCUUACACCUCACUGCUGAACGAGGGGCUCUGCGACGACGAUGGCAAUGCAGCGGUUGAUCUCAGCUUCCAGUUGUCCACCAGCAGCGGAGCAGCGGCAACGCACACUCGGAUCAUCAAUCCCCGCCCAAGCGGGGAUUGCACGGACAACACGUACGGUGGUGUGUCCGAGGCGCGAGACGGCGGUCUGCUUCAAUCGCUUCGCGAAGACGAUGGGCGUGACGAGGGAGGCCGUCGACUGCGGGAAGAAAUGGGACAACUUGAUGCAGCAAUUCAAAAGGUCCACAAGUUCCAGAACCUCUCCGUAGCUUGCUUCAAAGGCCAAGCGAUCGGAGGGCUGCAGCUUCGUCAUGGACCGGAGCGUGUACGACGAAAUGGAGGCCAUGACGAAGGGGGAUCACAUGGUGGCCGGAGGGGAGACCAUGGCCAGCGAUGGGGGUUGGCUGUUUUUUAUUUUAAGAUCUUCAUUUCGGCCCUUGGAGAGUGUAUGGACACGCGUCCGCAUAGGCGUCGAAAGUCUCGCCGGUGUCGCCCAAGUACUUCGGUACACCUAGACGCCUUGCUCCCCAACGCAGCGAAGGCGGUUGUUCCUCGUGUUCGCGAACGCAGGCGUAGCCACACACGGCCAUUGAGGGAAGCGGCAAGCAUGUCUGCGCGAGGCGGCGCCCGUGGCAAGAAGCGGGAAAACAUCCCUGCGGACACUCAGGGGCGGGAAAGGGGUCGGCGGCAUGUCCCUAAGGCGAAGAGGCUUCGUUCGGAAGAAGCAUCAGCAAGCCUGCCUCUUCGGCGAGGGCGAUCUUGGGCGACAACUAACGAGGAGGAUGACAACGACGUGUUUACGACGGAGGAAGAAGCAGCAGAGGACACCGUGUCGGCACCUCGGGGAAGCACUCUUCAAAGGUCAUCUGAUCAGAGCGCCACCCUGCCCUCCACGUCGUCUCAGCCGCGUCCGCGCAACACAGCUACAGAGGGAGGCUCCAUGGAACGCGGCGGAGGGGAGGGGGCCCAGCAAGAAGCACGCGUGGCGAGUGGGGGGGCGGUCGCUGGUGCAGCCGCGGGGUCUUCGGGCAAUGUUGCUGCCGUGGCGAGAGCGAGACAGGAGCUCCCUGUUGUGGAGCGGGAGGUGCCACGCGGCGACAACAAGGGUGAUAGGGAGGAUGAGGACCCCUUUUUAUGCUGGGUUCGGAGGGGAGGGAUGGCGAAAGAUCUCGCUGAGCGUGCCCGCCUGUGGGUUGAUGACAAAGCGUUCUGGACGACAGGGGAGGGGAGAAGACUGUACAACAUCGUCCACGAAACGCGGGAGUACUUUGUCGCCAUCGCCGGCGGGCUGCAAGCGCCCGCUGUCCCCUGGAGCGUUGUCAUGCCUAAAUCUGCCACGAGCCUGACAAGGAUUGCAGAUUCCGCACAACUACAGCAGGCGAUCUCCCGCACGACGGCAGCGGAGAACAUUGCUCUGCGCGUGUUGCACGGAUGGGUCUUCAAGUCCGGGAACCGCCCCCGAGGAUACAAUCUAGCUUUCCAGUACGUGUUGGGGUCGGUGGUGACGAACAUUGCGCGUGCCAUGUGGUACGGCGAGGAUUGGAGCAACGGCGUGAGUGCGGCCGUUUGCGCGCACACAAUCGACCUCAACAUGGACGGGAAGUGAAGAGGGGGCAAUGCUUGGCGGCAUCGGAGAUGCAGUUUUCGUGGC